AUGGAAACAGGAAAUGUCGUUUCUUGGCAAAAAAAAGAAGGAGAUCGUCUCGAUGAGGGAGACCUGCUCUGCGAGAUUGAAACUGAUAAAGCAACAAUGGGAUUUGAGACGCCUGAAGAAGGUUUUCUAGCGAAAAUCAUUUUACCGGAAGGCUCUAAAGGUAUUCCAGUUGGAAAGUUGCUGUGCAUAAUCGUCUCGAAUAAAGAAGAUGUUAAUGCUUUUGCAAAUUAUGUUGAUGAUGGUAGCAGCCAUUCUGACCGUUCUGCUACUCCUUCACCACCUCAAGUUCAGUCAGCACAGGGAGCUCUUCCCUCCCAUAAUCAGAUAUCUUUACCUGCUCUUUCACCUACUAUGGAGACAGGUAGCGUUGUUUCAUGGCUAAAGAAAGAAGGAGAUCAAUUAGAAGAAGGUGAUGUGCUUUGUGAGAUUGAAACUGAUAAGGCUACAAUGUCUUUCGAAACACCAGAAGAAGGUUAUCUGGCUAAGAUUAUUAUACCAGAAGGAACGAAAGGUAUUCCUGUUGGAAAGCCACUGUGUGUGAUAGUAAACAGUAAAGAUGAUGUAGCUGCAUUUGCAAAUUAUGUUCCUGUUGAUACUGUUGCAUCUCAGCCGUUUACCAAAGCCCAGACUCCGUCACUAUCUGUUGCUCCUCCUCCACUAUCAAUUGCUUCUAGUGCUUCCAUAUCAACUCCACCAUCAGAUGUUUCGCCAACACCAAGAACCUCAAGCGGUCGUAUAAUCGCUAGUCCGAUGGCAAGAAAAUUAGCUGCUGAUAAAGGCAUAGAUUUAGCGACCAUUGUUGGCACUGGACCUGGUGGACGUAUCAUAGGUAAAGAUGUUGAAAAUGCUUUAUCUAAAGGCGUUCCUCGGGCUGCUGAGAUUGCACCAAGCGGACCUGUCUCUGCAGGAGCCACGUUUGUUGAUAUACCAUUGAGUAACAUGAGAAUGACUAUUGCAAAGCGACUUCUGGAAAGCAAAAGCACCAUUCCCCACUAUUAUCUAACAUCUGAAAUUCGCAUGGAUUUAUUACUCGAGACACGGUCGAAUUUAAAUGAAUUGUUAGCGAAGUCAAAAAAAGAAAAUGAUCGGCAGAAGCUCUCAGUAAACGAUUUUGUUAUCAAAGCUUCAGCUCUUGCAUGUAAAAAAGUGCCUGAAACUAAUAGUUUCUUUAUGGGUACAUUUAUUCGUUGCAAUAACAAUGUCGAUAUCUCAGUUGCUGUCAGUACUGACAGUGGCUUAAUUACACCUAUAAUAUUCAACGCUGAUGGCAAGGGACUGGCUACUAUAAGUUCUGAAGUGAAAGUUCUAGCUGAAAAAGCCCGUCAAGGAAAGCUUCAGCUUCACGAAUUUCAGGGUGGGACUUUCACCGUUUCUAAUUUGGGUAUGUUUGGAAGUAUCAACAGUUUCUCAGCUAUCAUAAAUCCACCACAAUCAUGUAUCCUUGCAGUUGGUGGCGUUGAACGAAAAGUAAUACCAGAUGGAGAUGAAGGCUAUGCAACGGUAAGUAGCAUGCGAGUGACGCUAUCGUGUGAUCAUAGAGUUGUUGAUGGAGCUGUUGGCGCUCAGUGGUUGAAGUAUUUCAAGGAUUACCUUGAGAAUCCACAAAGCAUGCUUUUAUGA